GGUGGGCGGGGCCGGAGAGAGGCGGGGCCCGUCAGACAGGAGGUGGGGCCGGCGCGGCGCCCGGGCCCGCGGACUCCAGCAGGAUGGCGGGCGGCACUAGAGGGAGCUGCCAGCCCCCGCCCCGCCCGCCCCGCCCGCCUCGCGCCCGCCCGGCCUCCAGCGCCGCCUCCCCAGCCCGCGCCGCCGCGAUGGCGGAGGACAGCGAGUCUGCGGCCAGCCUGCAGAGCUUGGAGCUGGACGACCAGGACACGUGCGGGAUAGACGGGGACAAUGAGGAGGAGACCGAGCACACCAAAGGAAGUUCCGGAGGGGAUUUGGGAGCCAAAAAGAAAAAGAAGAAACAGAAGAGAAAAAAGGAGAAAGCAAAUUCCGGGGACACCAAGUCAGACUCCGCCUCUGAUUCCCAGGAGAUUAAAAUUCAGCAGCCCUCCAAGAAUCCCACCAUCCCAAUACAGAAGCUGCAGGAUAUCCAGAGAGCAAUGGAGCUGUUAUCUGCGUGCCAGGGCCCAGCCAGGAGCAUUGAUGAGGCCGGAAAACACAGAUACCAGUUCUGGGACACACAACCGGUACCCAAACUAAAUGAAGUCGUAACAUCUCACGGUGCCAUUGAACCGGACAAGGACAACGUGCGCCAAGAACCGUAUUCUUUGCCCCAGGGCUUCAUGUGGGACACUUUAGACUUGAGUAACGCUGAAGUGCUCAAGGAGCUGUACACACUGCUCAAUGAGAACUACGUGGAAGACGAUGACAACAUGUUCCGCUUCGACUACUCGCCCGAGUUCCUGCUGUGGGCUCUGCGUCCCCCAGGCUGGCUCCCCCAGUGGCACUGUGGGGUCAGAGUGUCUUCAAAUAAGAAACUGGUGGGGUUCAUAAGCGCCAUCCCAGCAAACAUUCGGAUUUAUGACAGUGUGAAGAAGAUGGUAGAAAUCAACUUUCUUUGCGUUCAUAAGAAACUGAGAUCGAAGCGGGUAGCCCCAGUGUUAAUCCGAGAGAUAACCAGAAGGGUGAACCUGGAGGGGAUCUUUCAGGCUGUGUAUACAGCCGGCGUUGUUCUGCCCAAGCCGGUGGCCACGUGCAGAUACUGGCAUCGAUCACUAAACCCCAGAAAGUUGGUGGAAGUGAAAUUUUCUCACUUGAGUAGAAAUAUGACUUUGCAGAGAACAAUGAAGCUAUAUAGACUGCCAGAUGUUACAAAGACGUCAGGUUUGAGACCCAUGGAACCAAAAGAUAUCAAAGCAGUUCGAGAAUUAAUCAACAAUUACCUGAAGCAGUUUCACCUGGCACCAGUGAUGGACGAGGUGGAAGUAGCCCACUGGUUCCUUCCCCGGGAGCAUAUCAUCGACACAUUUGUAGUGGAGAGCUCCAGUGGAAAACUGACUGACUUCCUGAGCUUCUACACGCUCCCUUCAACAGUGAUGCACCACCCAGCUCACAAAACCCUCAAAGCCGCCUACUCUUUCUACAACAUUCACACAGAGACGCCCCUGUUGGACCUGAUGAGUGAUGCACUCAUCCUGGCCAAGUUGAAAGGAUUUGAUGUGUUCAAUGCCUUGGACUUGAUGGAAAAUAAGACUUUCUUGGAAAAACUCAAGUUUGGUGCAGGAGAUGGCAAUUUACAGUAUUACCUGUACAACUGGAGAUGUCCGGGAACAGAUUCUGAGAAGGUUGGACUUGUACUACAGUAGAUGGAUAUUUUUUUUCUAGAACUCUGACAUCAUUUGUUAAUAUUCUAUUUAAAGAUUUCUGGAACUGCUAUUCCAAAGAAGAAUAAAAGCACAACUUAAAUGAACCCGAAGCAGUGGAUAACAAUCAGAAAAGAUGAAAAAUCCCUGUGUGACCAAUAGUGUCCAUGUCCUAGCUGGGAUGGUAAAAUUUCAUCCUUUUUUCACUGUUUACACAUUGGUAAGAGGGAUGAAAGGGUACAGAAGAGCACAUUCUUCUAAUGUUCAAACUUUGGUUGUCUCUUCAUGAAGAGAGAGGUAUUUUUCCUCUAGAAAAGGGAUUUUUUUUCUCUGUGGACUAAAAGGUCACAGAAUCAUGUAAGAAAAUCUUUGCUGUUAUGUGAAGAUAAAGUGCUGCCUUUCUAUUUAUUAAAUGUAUUUGUCCAUGUAACAGAAUGAAGGAUCCACUUGGAAAAUUCUUACUUCUGUUGUACACGGUAUCGUUGGGAACCUAUAUGGAAUUAACACUUCCGUAACUCAGUGACCAGUGGUGGAUGGUGAAAGUGGGGAGCAGUAUAAACAUGUACCGAUGACGAGUCCAUCUCUUUCUCCCUAAGCAAAGUUGCCAAAUCAAUAAA